GUGUAAUGCACUGUUGAAUUGUCCUCGAACGUGGCGUGGAGGCAAGUUUCAUUGAUUGAGAUGGAAUUUCAGUAACUUCUGAAACAAAAUUCCAAGUUAAAAAUCAAAGGAUUAUUAUACCAUUAUACAAAAUGUUCUGAAUUUUAUCUUAUGACCAAAGGAGGUCAUUAUGGAAAUUUCAGGAAUUAAAAGAAAAUUGUGAUGGAAACACCAUCUUGGGUAAAACAUUUCGAGGAUAAUCGAUACAACCAGCAUGAGAAACAUGAUGAUUCCUUUUCAACAACUAUGCUGUCGGACUUCUCUGAAACAAUGCAAACACCAAUACAUCACAGCCGGUCAUAUAGUGCAGAAUGUGAAUCCACCGACAAUUUGUCCAGCAGUCAAAUCAUUCCACGAAUUCGAACCAUUCAGUCUGAAUGUACCAUAGCAGACGAACAAAAGAAACAUAAGAAACGUAGGCGACGAAGAGCUGUUGAUGAAACUUCCGGUUAUAGUACUACCUCUUUAAGUGAACUAUCUGAAUUUGAAUCCCCAAGACAAAAAGUAGGACGAAAUAAACUUCAUCCGAAUCACACACGACAAGAAUCUACAGAAGAUGAUCGAAGCGAGCGAAGCCGUGUUAGUAAAGGGUCGCAAGCAACAAGUCGACGUGGCAGCGAAGCUUCAAAGACAACCAUUCAAAACAAUAAUAAAAUAGCCAAAGGUCCUACUGACCGAGGUAAACGGGACUCACCUUAUCAAAGGAAAGACCAGUAUAAAAAUAGUCCCCAAAGACCGCCUUCAAGAGCUAGAUCUACAGCUAGCCUUCAAAGUGAAAUCAGUGUUAAAAGUAAUCAAAGUGCACAAUCUAAACAAUCGAGAAGUAGCUCAACUCAGUUCCGAACGGACAGACUUUCUGACGAGAGGUUUGAUCCGUUUGCUUUUAUUCAACCAGUCCCUGAACCUUUUAGUAGAAAGGUGAAGAAAACUUUAGGUCCUAUAUUUGGGAUUUUACUUUUGCUCAUUUUAGCUGCAAGUUUAGGUGCUGCUAUUUACUUUGCUGUAGAGCUCAAAAAGAACCAAGAUACUGAAAUAGAAAUGUUACGUGCCAGUUUAAACAUGAAAAUUAAGAAUAACAGACUUGGUAAAAGUCUAGACGAACUUACACCGUCUGACUUCAAAAUGCUAGCUUUAGCUUACUGUCAGCAGAUGGACGAUUACUACAGAAAUAGCCACUUUCAAAAAACAUACAGAGGGUGUGAGCUGGUUUCUAUAAAGAAUGAACGCAUAAAUUUUACAUUAUUUUUUAUCGAGAAUGCUGCUUCAAAGAAAGAUAUAAUAUCAGUUAUAGAAACAUCAGCUCCUAAAGUACAAGACAAUGGUCAAAAUGCAAACGUAGCACUCGUUGAUAAAUUUGAAAUUGAACUUGAAAAUGCUAAAAUUAAAAUAGAACAUGAAAGGACGCCUGUGAAUUUCAAUAAAAUAAUUACGACGACAACAACUAGUACAACAACGACGACGACGACGACAACGAGGAAACCAACAACUAAAAUGAAAACAACAUCAGAAACAACGAAAGCAACAACAAAAUUAAAAACGACUUUACCAACAACAUCAUCACAGACAACUGAAACUUCGUCGAUAGUAACAACAACAGAAACAACAACACAAGUUUUAAAAAGUACUGUUACAACACCAGUGACAGAUAUAAAAACAACUACCCGAUGGGACGAAGGAUGGAGUGAAGAUGAUAUAUUGUUUGCAUGGGAACCAUGUUAUAUGAGUGGCGGGAAGUUCUAUCCGUAUCCAACAGAUUGCAACAAAUAUUUUCAAUGUGAACAUAGUGCAUCACUGGUAAGGUCGUGUGCUGGUGAUACAGUCUUUGAUGUUAAUUCUAAUGUAUGUGUACCGCACAGACCGGGUGUAGUUUGCCCGGAUCCAGCCCUAGCACCUCCCAAACCACCUGGUCAAGAAACAGUUGAAGAGACGACAACAAAUACUCCUUCUAUAAACUCAACGACUACAGCAUCCUCACCAAAGAUCCACACUAAACGACUCACGCGACCUAUUUAUCCUGCGAGACCGGAGUAUGAGAAAGAGCCAUGUGUCAAAGCUGAUGAAGGAACGUUACAUGCUCAUCCAGAUGACUGUUCAAAAUUCAUACAAUGCAUUUCUGGAAAUUCGGGUGUUGUUUUGACAUGUGCAAAAAAUCUGGUAUACGACCCAGAAACAUCGUCAUGCAUUUUUCCAAGAAAUGAACUCAUCUGUCCUGAUAUAUUACCGUGUUUAGGUAAAAACAAUGGAUAUUUUUCUCAUCCAUUUAAUUGUUCACUUUAUAUUCAAUGUCAGUCCGGCAGGGAAGUUAUCCAACAGUGCUCAUCCGGACUAGUUUGGGAUCCUUCAGUAAAUAGUUGUGUGUUCCACACAGCAAAUGCUGCAUGUUCGGAAGCCACAAAGAAAAGAUAAAUGCCUGUUAUGUUAUACGUAUUAUUUAUAGUUAUUAUUUGUAUAAUAAAUUGUUAUUUGUUUA